AUGUAUGCCAUUUGUCGGUGCUCAUUGCCUUCUCUUGAAAAGGGUGCUUCGGGUGUGAAAAGUGUUGCAUCUCUCCUGCAUAAGGAGGCAGGCGACUCUUGUGUUCCAAAGCCAUCCACACUUCAACAUGUCCCCAAAUCGCCGAGCAUUGUUUCGGGCUGCCACGGCACAUCUGCUUUCUCCAAGCCUGGUCGAAAAUUGAUCUGCCUACCAUCUCUACAGUUUGUCUUCUGCCCUUAUGCCUUAUCGGUGGAAUAG